AUGACGUCACAGAGCAGUCACACCAGUUAUGGAGAUACAAAGCUUUAUAUAGCCGUGUUCAUUAAACAGAAAAACAAUAAAAAAUCAGAACACAUUGCGCGUGUCUGUGUUUGUGCAAGAGAAGCAAGUAUGCCCUACCUUGAAGUGCGAGGCCACCAGCUCCACUACACCGACCAACAACCCAAGAACCCUCCCAAAAAGGGGCCCUUGACGUUCAUCUUCAUCCCAGGCCUGGGCGCAUCCGAGAACUUCUUCUUGCCUGUCCUCCCCCAUAUAUCAGAUAACCACCGCUGCAUCACCUUCGACACGUACGGGACCUCUCGCUCCCUCUUCACGGGCGAUGUGACGAGUAUCGAGAGCAUUGCGAUCGAUGUUCUCGGUAUUCUGGAUACGUUGCAUGUCGAGAAGGCUGUUGUCGUAGGCCACUCAAUGGGUGGGAUCGUGGCGAACUAUCUUGGAGCGAAGCAUAAGAACCGCGUCAGAGGGAUUGUGGGUAUUGGGCCGACGCAUCCGACGGAGGCCUUUGGGGUGAAUAUGAAGAAGAGGAUUGAUGUUGUUUCAAAGUCCGGAAUGGAGCCCAUAGCAGAUACAGUCCCCAAUCAAGCAACAGGGCCGAACACAACGCCUCUCCAGAAAGCCUUCCUUCGCGAGAUGUUCAUCUCCCAGAAUCCCAGGGGAUAUGCUGCGCUUUGUCAGGCUAUCGUGGCUGCCCCGUUCAUCGAUUACAAAGCCAUCACGGCACCGUACCUGCUGAUUGUAGGCGACCAGGAUAAGUCUGCGACGCAGGAAAAUUGUGAUAUGAUAUUUGACAAUAUUGCCAGUUCUUCUAAGAAGAUGGAGAUUUUACCGGGGAUUGGACACUGGUAUUGCGUUGAAGAUGACUAUGCCGUUGGGAGGAUGCUUUGGGCGUUUGCUGGACUGUUGGAGGCUGGCGACUAA